AAAAAAUCCUAAACCCAACACUAUUUCGGUCACAACUAUGGAGUCCAAAGUCCUCCCAAUUGCUCCGGCGCCGUUACCGACACUUUCUGCCUUUCCGACUACCUCCGAUGAAGCCACGGAAUGGAAUAUUCAAAGUCCGGUUGCAAAGUCGCCGGCGCCACCAACAACGCCAUCGACGCCGUCAUCCUUUCAAGAUAUACGGCGAUGGAGACCGGCGGCGCAACGAAACCUGAGAAACCAGUGGUCGAAGUUGUCUUCUCUUCGGACGCAAUGGCUUUCUUUAUCCUCCACUGCUCGAUCAUACGCCACUUAUGUAGUAAAUUCUUAUCUCUCCCAAAGGUAUAUGGAUGCAAUGGAGUUAGGUGUAUUGACAGAGAUGCCUGAUAUACGUAAAAAAGCAUGUAGGAAAUUGUUCAAGCAGCAGGAGACUAAUAGGAGUAAGCUCUUGUCAUCUUACAAAGAUAUGGUGGUUGUUGUAACUCAGAUGGUCAAUGUUUCUAAAUCAAUGAGGUGUUAUCUCAAAGGAGCAAGUGGCACCCCACUUACUGAGUUUUCUUGCUUCCCUGGAAACCUGAAUGACACUGGUGAUUGUGAUGGGAUUCCUGUUUUCACCUUUUUGUCGAUCUUUGAUUUCGAGAAACUGGCAGAGGAGCUGGUCCAGAUGUUUGUGUCAGAAACAAAUCUAAAGCGGUUGCUAGUGAUGGAAAUAUGCUCCAUUGGUUCUGAGAAUUUUUCACAAGUUGACAGGCUGAAAUGGAGUGAUCAUUUCUAUGUUGGAGAGUUUGAUGAUCUACGCAUAUGUGAUUCAAACUCAAAUGAGGUUCUUAAGCAACUUGUGCCCAAGGUAGAGAGCUGCAAUUCUCAGUCUACCACCACGCAAUCAAGUAGUCAACUAGAGAGGAACGUUCUCCAGGUUUACUUAACAACCUGGCUCGCAGAAGUCAAUGUCGAUAGAUUCAGGAUAAGUGAAUUACUUGCUAUGGUAAGUGAGGAGAUGCAUGUUACCAUAUCAUGAAACCUCAACUACACAGAUAGGGCAGAAUGGAUACAAAGGAUUCACAUGAAUGAUCCCAACUAAAUUGAGGUUGAGGUGUAUAAAAACUGACUUAAAUUGGGAUUUAGAUGGUGAAGUUGUCCAGGAGGAACUAUCCAACUUACAAACAAGACUACUGCUGUUUUCCAGGCAAUACCGCAAUAAUGGUUGCUAAAUGCCGUCUUUGUUUGUCAAAGCAACCAGCGGAUGAAGUGCCACAUCAGUACAUUUAGUAAUAUGAAAGUGAAGAGGCUUGGCACUAGCAAGAACCGCUAUGACUGGCUGUUCUCUAACUUCGUUUCUCUUUCUUUUUUCUUUUCUUUUGGGAUGGGAGUAGAGAUGCUAUAUACAUAAAUCUGUUUUCCCAUAAUUUUACCAUUUGCAUCAGAAGAAGAUUAAUUUCACAAAGCGUUUUGCUUUGCAAGUGUAAUACUCUUUUGAAGAUGGAUCUCAUGAAACACAGUCUUCCACUGGGCUAAAAUAAUUUAUAGAAAGUCAUUGAAGAAUGAAGAUAAAGUCAAUAGAAUCAA